GAAAGCACCGUGAUGACCACCUACCGCCCUCUCCUCCACAAGAACCGACCACCGGGAGGAACGAUGAUCAUGGAGAAGAGGGACGCCCAGUCACUUCCGUUGAACUACAACGAGAUAACGGGGCGUAUCACUUCGUUGGAGCAGUCGUCGGUCACGAACAAAAAGGACAGGGAGAAUCUGCAUGCCCGUGUUUCGCAGGCUGAGAAAAAAGGGGUGGCCACUGAUGCGAAGGUCGCCGCUCUUGCCAAGGAAGUUGCUGACCUCAAGGACAAGGGGGUCAACAACAACAGGCCAGGGGUGACUGAUCCUUGGGCAGACUAUCGUGUUAAGCAUGGACCAGCACCUGGGAUGCCCGGGCCCCCCGCAGCCGGUAGCCGAGACCCUCAACAUCCUGAUGCAGCCCCUCGGGAUGAACUUUCUGAAGAAGACCGUCGCACACUUAUCGUCGGGGGAUGGGUCCAGGACAGUAAAAAGCAGACCAUCCUUGAUGAGAGCAAACCCUUCUUGGAACGUGAUGGGGUGAGCAACCUCAUUGACCAGAAAGACCUCAUUGUGUGGGGGCC